AUGGGCCCAGUGCAAGUGACAUCACAGGGACUCAUUGCACUGCCUGCAUUGGGCUCCUAUCCUUGUAUCUCAGAGAAGCUGUCGGUAGUCAUCAGAACACGUGUUCUGAAUAUUGGCUGUGACAGACUACAAAUCUCCAAUCUACUGGACUUUUUUACACGAGAGGAGGAGGAGGUUCGGCCAAUAUUCAACCAAUUGGCAUCUGCUGUGCACUUCCUGCACCAAAGAAGGAUCACGCACUGUGACAUCAAAUUAGAGAACAUCCUGCUGGGUGAAGGCGGCAAGGUUAAGCUUUGCGAUUUCGAGUUAGCCACUCAGCUUGUAGAGGGCCAGAUGCUGCACGAACUCUGGGGCUCCUUACCAUAUUGGGCCCCAGAGAUCUUAGCCAGAAAACCAUAUGACUGUAUGGCAGGGGACAUGUGGAGCUUGGGCGUUGUUCUCUAUGUCCUGGUCACCGGACACUUCCCCUAUGAAGAAUCCACCUUGGAAGAAAUGUACCGCCAUAUCAUCGCCACCGUGUGCCCCAUUCCCCGCCUUCUUUCUACACGCUGUUACACCAUCUUGGCGAGACUGCUCACAGUUCAUAUACGGUUUAGACUAACAUCAUCUCGGCUUGUCCAACGACCAUGGCUGGGCCAUAUUGAGGAACACGUAACACCUCCUGCCAAGGAAAUCCUCCCCAAGGUCGUGGAGACGAUGUGUAACAUUGGCUACACUUGCCAACAGGUUGUAGGAGCCCUAAAACACCUGAAGUUGGAUAAUAUCACAGCCACCAUCAACAUCAUCAGAUUCAAACUGACCUCUGGGGAUAGCAGUCUACAAAAUAACAUCCCUGCAGUUGCUACUAGCCUCCCUGACCCCAUGAAGAGGAGACAUAGCAAACCAGCUCUGCUGAUGAAAUACAGAAGCAAUGUUAGGCUGCACACAUACAGCUGCCCAAAGGUGAUGCACUACUCAGAUAACAGGGUCCCAGGAGAGUCACUACCUGACAGCACCAUCAACCCUGCUACAGGGGACACUGCAGUCAACCUGAAUUCAGCAGACGGCCUGUCGGACAAGAAAGACCCAGAAGAUUCACUGCCUGCCAACACCAUCAACCCCACUCUAGGGGACACUGCAGUCAACACGAAUUUCGCUGAUGGCCUGUCUGCAAAUUUCUCUUCCCCUGAGCCACCUCUGAAGGGGAAAUGCAUAGGGGUUGUGAACAUAGCCUUCACCGAAGAGGAACCAUCCACAGAGCCAGACAUGCCCAGUGACCAGCCCCAGGAUGUACCCACAGCCUCUGGAACCAGGCCACUCCGGAAGCUGAUCAAAAAGCGAAUGUCCCGGGCACUCAGAGCACUGUGCUACUGCUGCCUGCCCACCCUUGAAACUGAAGUGGCCUUGGAGAAUUCCAGCCCUGAUAAGGAGUGCCUGCUGCAGGAGGGAGCCAGGCAAGAAGCUCAGAUUGCUGUGGCCCUGCAACCCAGGGCAACAGGCCCCUGCGUCCAUACUCCAGCUACAGGUUCUGAGCUACCGGUUCACUUCCCCCUUUAG